AUGGCAACGCAGGAAAGACUUCAAGUCAGGUCGAAGAACAACGAGGGACUCUUCCAGGAGUACUCGUUCGUCCUAAGUUCUCCCCCCACGGAGUCCUCCUGGCAAUCACUCGACUUUUUGUUCUGGGAAGAGCCUGGCUAUCACGGGCCUGACCUGCUGAAUGAGCCGGACGACGUUCGCAUUUUUCAACUCGACCAGGAUAAUGCGUCCAGGGAGAUCACACCAGCCUCUCUUGGCUCGCCAAAAGCAUUUGGGUUCUUGUUGCAAAUGCUUCGCGCGUCGGCUUCAGGGGCUAAGGGCGCAGUAAAAUUGAUUGUGCCCUUGCACAGUGGGUAUAUCGUUCGCUCAGACAUCAUUCCACUGCGACUUCGAGACUCUGAAUAUGUCGAGUCGGCACUUUCUUUUGCAGAGCCGCUGCAGACUUACAGUGGCAAGAAAGUUGCCAUUUCCGGUCGCUUGGACCUUACGGCAUACUUUGCGGCCGCCGCAGCCGGCCUGAUUCUCCGUCAAGGCUCUACGCAUGUUUCCGAUGCCGGAUAUCAAGCGCUAUUUCGGAUUGUCGAGUCAGACCUUGAAAACCGACUCUCGUUUCCGUGGAUACAGCCAGGAACCCCACGACGCAAGACGCUUGUAUUAGUGGACGCAAAUAGCUCACAUCCCGAAGACGGACUUGGCUUUUACCGUGCGGCGAGGGAGCUUGGAAUCAACGUGGUCGUGCUGGAGAAUUCAGGACACUGGCUGGAAGACCCUGCUCAGGCACAAUGGCGCGAGGCUUUCAUUCCCACCCGAUUGACGAAUCCUCCUGAGGAAGAUGUUGGCGACCACAUCCUUGCAUCUAUCAGGGCCUAUGGCAAGCCGGUGGAUGGGAUUGUCACCUUUGCGGACUCGUUCUGGUACUACAUUGCUCAAAUCGCCCACGAGAUCGGAGUUGAUACCGCGCCACCUGACUCACUGCGCAUCGCCACGAACAAGUUCCUGACAAGUAAAUAUGUCGGUCAUGAAGCCUAUCUGGCAUCUAAUGUUGAUGAGGCGCUCAAAAUAGCAAAGGAGGUUGAGCUCCCAUAUCCUCUCAUAGUCAAGCCUUGCGAUGGCUGGAGCUCGGAAGGAGUGUCCCGAGUCGAGUCCCCCGAUGCAUUCCCAGCAGCCAUAAAGUCGAUCGAUACGUCGCGUCACGGGACCGAGUUUGUGAUGGAGCCAUACUGCGACGGGCCAGAAGUGGACGUCAAUCUUGUCUUAUUGGACGGUCAAGUCCUUUUCGCCGAGAUAUGCGACGACUUACCCAAGUCCGCGGACGUCAAUGGGCCCACUGUGGGAUCACUGACCAAUUUCCACGAGCUGAACAGCGUGUACCCUUCCGCGCUGCCGUCUAAGGAGUUGGAUCUGCUCAUCAAUAGCUUUGUUGGCACUCUCCUGAGCCUGGGGAUUAGGAAUGGUGUUAUGCAUCUGGAGGGGCGAGUUGAGAACUCCUCGAUGGAAUACCAGGAGCGGAACGGGAUGAUGGACCUACAGGCGCGCGCUCCCCAAGCGACUCGCCCAGAACCAUCGGCUUGGCUCAUUGAAAUCAACCCCCGCCCUCUUGGCAUGACCGGCUCGCAUAUCAUUGAAUCUACCUACGGCAUUGACUACUGGGGGUUGGCUGUGGUCCUGGGGGUUGGUGAUAAGGACAGGGCGCGUGCAUUAUCGAAGCCGUACCGGUGCGGUCCACAGUAUACCUGUAUCAUGGUUUUCAUUCCAGCAGACUUCCCACCCUCGAGCCAGGGCAUCUUUGAUACGGACGACAUCUGCGCCGACUUGCUCGCCCGAAGACCCGACUUGGCCAAACACAUCAGUCGAUGUGCCACUCUGGUAAAGCGAGGCCAGAAGGUUGCUCACCCAACCACGGGCCGUCAUACCUUUUUGGCCUACUUCAACGUCUUUUCAAGGGCUGGUCGACAGGAAGCCUUGGAUUUGGCGCGGCAGGUCCGGGAAGAGGUCCGCUAUUCCUUUCUCUAA